GGAAGUUGCAAAAUAAAAGUCUUUUCGUAACAGGUUAACACACCAGUUUGUAUUAGCAGGGUAUAAAUGAACACCUUUUUUCAAACAAAAUACACAAUAUAAUAAAUACAAAUUUAAAACACAACAGACCUUUUUCGCCAUGGAGACGCUUCAGGGUCUUUCAGACAUUGGUGAGGAUGUUAAACCGUGCGAAAAGGAGACAAAUAAACGGAAAGUCCCCAGAGAUGUUGAGAUGGACAUUCAGUAUCUGUAUGAAGUUGUCCCACAGCUCUCCAAAGUUUUCCGGAUUACAGACAAAAUUGGAGAAGGUACCUUCAGCUCCGUGUAUCUGGGAGAAGCUCAGAUGAGCGACGGGACGAGAGAGAGGUUUGCUCUGAAGCAUCUGAUCCCGACGAGUCACCCGGUGCGGAUCGCUGCGGAGCUCCAGUGUUUAACGGUGGCAGGGGGCAAAGAGAACGUGAUGGGAGUGACCUACUGCUUCAGGAAGGACCACCACGUGGUGAUUGUCAUGCCCUACCUGGAGCACCAGGCUUUUGUGGACGUGGUGGAGAUGCUGAGUUUCGAGGAGGUGCUUCAGUACAUGUAUCAUUUACUCAAAGCCCUGAAGCACAUCCACGAGUUCGGGAUCAUCCACCGCGACAUCAAGCCCACCAACUUCCUGUACAACCGGCGUGAAAAAAAAUAUGCCCUGGUAGACUUUGGCCUGGCUCAGGGAACCCCAGACACUCAGAUAGAGCUGUUGAAGGUGGUAAAGUCUCAGAAAGCUCAUAACGAAUCACACGGGAAACAGGCACCGGUUCCUUUCCCACCGAACACGAGGGUCCUCACGGCGCACGCUUCCACGAAAACGCCAUGUCCGAACUCGCGCACAAAACACACCAAGGAGCUCAUGGGGCUUUGCAAAACGCCACGUUCUGUAUUCGGGGAGAGAAACCUCAACAGCUCAAACCCCACCAAAGCGCCUGCGGAUAAAACCGAAGGACACAUGAUACCUACCAAGACGGACAACGUCUUUGCCUGUAAGAUACUCUCCACGAAACGCCGUCCUCCCCCCACACGGACUCUUGCUGCCAAUUCAAAGACCAAACCCGUGACCCUGAACCCGUCUCUUACCUGUACCUGCUACAUGACCGACCGCAUCUGCAACGUCUGCCUGUCUAGGAAGCAGCAGGUGGCUCCAAGAGCAGGAACUCCAGGAUUCAGGGCUCCUGAAGUUUUGACCAAGUGCCCUGACCAAGGAACGGCUAUCGACAUGUGGUCUACCGGCGUGAUCCUGCUCUCACUCCUGAGCGGCAGGUAUCCGUUUUUCAAAGCCAACGACGACCUCAUGGCCUUGACUCAGAUCAUGACGAUCCGAGGCUCGAGAGAAACCAUUCAGGCCGCUAAGAAAUUCGGCAAGGCGGUGGUGUGCAGCCGCGAGCUUCCCCGACUCGACCUGAGGAUCCUGUGCGAGGCGCUCCGAGGGGUACGACCUUGCGGGGACGAGUCGCUUCCGGCGGCGUUCCGGGCCUCACGUCAUCCCACGGACCACGGCCGAGCGGAGAAACGGAGCGCCAUGGGGAACGCGGAGGAGUCAGACGCCAGGGGGUGGGACAGAGUUCCAGAUGAUGUGUAUGACCUGCUGGACAAACUUUUGGAUUUGAAUCCGGAGACGAGAAUCAGUGCAGCUUCGGCGCUGCAGCAUCCGGCGUUUAAAUAUCUCACGGAUUAUUAAUUAUUGAUUGGACAGGAUUUUAUCCUCGGGGUAAAUCCCAAUCAACAAGUGUGUUACUUUUGUAAUAUAGUGUUCUGUACGUACUCUUUAUUUAUUUGUUCAGUGUGAUGAGUUCGGGAUGAUAAUUAGAAUAAAUUACAAUAUUUUAAUAAACUGUA